AUGCCGAGGGGCUUCCUGGUGAAGCGAACUAAACGGACAGGCGGCGCGUACCGAGUGCGCCCCUCGGCCACCCUGCACAGCCUGAAGCGUCCCGCCACCGGCGAACGCCGCGCCAAGGCGCCUCCGGGCUGCGUGUCUGGGCCUGCGGCCGCAGGAGUCAAGAAGCCAAAGGCCAUGAGGAAGUUGAGCUUCGCCGAUGAAGUGACCACAUCGCCGGUCCUAGGCCUGAAGAUCAAGGAGGAGGAGCCCGGAGCCCCGUCCCGGGGCCUGGGGGGCAGCCGCACGCCGCUGGGGGAGUUCAUCUGCCAGCUGUGCAAGGAACAGUACGCGGACCCCUUCGCGCUGGCGCAGCACCGCUGCUCCCGCAUCGUUCGCGUUGAGUACCGCUGCCCCGAGUGCGAUAAGGUCUUCAGCUGCCCGGCGAACCUCGCCUCCCAUCGCCGCUGGCACAAGCCGCGUCCCGCAGUGACAAACGCCGCCGCAGUCUCCUCGAUUGACGCGAAGCUUCCUCCUUCGUCCUCCCCGGAUUCCGGGGCUGUUGCUUCUUUUCUGGCGGAGGGGAAGGAGAACAGCCGGGCAGAGCAGACGGGAAAUCAGCACCUGCAGGCCAGGGACAGCUCCGGGGUGGAGCCGCGCCCAGAGGGCGCCCCAUCCCAGGGCCUCCAGGUGUUGUCCCACCUCGAGGCACCGCUGCCUCGGGUCCCCUACACGGAAGGGGUGCUGGGGCGUCGACUGCCUGGGCCGGGCAGUGCCAGUGGUGCCGGGGGACCCGAGAUCUUCGUGUGCCCCUAUUGCCACAAAAAGUUCCGUCGCCAAGCCUAUCUGCGCAAGCAUCUGGGCACUCACGAGGCGGGUUCGGCCCGCGCGCUUGCCCCAGGCUUUGGCUCCGAACGCGGGGUCCCACUGGCCUUCAGUUGCCCACUGUGCGGGGCGCACUUCCCGUCCGCAGACAUCAGGGACAAGCACCGGCUGUGGCACGCUGUCCGGGAGGAGCUGCUCCUGCCAGCUUUGGCUGGGGCAGCCCCGGAAGCUCCGAGCCCAGGAGGGGCAUCCGACGGGAGUGCUCAGCAGAUUUUCUCGUGCAAGCACUGCCCGUCCACCUUCUUUAGCUCCCCGGGGCUGACUCGGCACAUCAACAAGUGCCACCCCUCCGAGAGUCGGCAGGUGCUGCUGCUGCAGAUGCCAUUGCGGCCAGGCUGUUGAGGGCCCGGAGACCGGAGAGUUUGCGAGGAAACAGAUCAUGGGAAUUUCUGUAGGGCUCUCUUCAACUUGCAAGUUUACCUCAUGUCCUUCCUGUAUGUUCUCUCCUAAAAGUCUCAGUAGUCGAUGUUCUGACAUAGGAGCGGACAGCAAAAUGUAAAAUCCCUUUCCAGAGUAGGUUAUGUAUAUGGAUGGUUAUAAACAUUCGAGGCCAAGGACUGCCAGCUUUAAAUCCUUCUCUUUCCCCAUGAAAAUAGGAUCCCCCUCGCCUCCCAAACUCUGAAGGUCCUAAUGAAUCCCAUAUGACUUGUAAUUCCUAUGGAAAGUCGCAGUGAAUGCGUGCAUGUCUCAAUGUCUACAGUCAUUUUUUUUUCCCUCUUGUCAUCGCAGGCACCUAUUUAGUUUCUGUUUCAAUAGGGUCAGAUAUCUUGCAUUGUAUAUUCUGUGAAUUAAAAGUUGUGACUGGUGCCAAACUUUUGGGGUGGGAGGAGAUUCAAGACCUGUGUCUGUAGGUAGGAAAUAGGAGGAUAUUUUUUGCUUUGGGGGAUGUGGGGAUCUCCCUGUAAGCUUUCCUUUUCUCAGUAUUAGUCUACUUUUAAGUUAGUGUUUGGAGGUGGGGAGUGAGCUACUUGACAGGAAGCAGCUGACAUAGCCCCAAGAUUCUCACCUUUAGCUAUUUUGUGUGUAGUAGGCAGGAAGAGAUACUUUAAACCAGAA